AUGGGUGAAUUCUAUCAGUCAACAAAAAACAUCACUAAUGCACUUUCAUCAUCAUUGAUUCAUGAUGAUGAACAACCCACUUCAAAAACAAAAUCUCCAACCUCAUCAUCACCACUAUCACCACAAUCAUCACAAUAUCGAUAUAUUAAUGGUCGACAAUUUCAUAAUUUGGUGGAUUCAGUAUACCCUCUACCUAAUGAUUAUCAAGAGUUGGAUCGUAUAUCGAUGCAGCACUUUUUAUACAAAGCCAUUUGGGACGGAAAUUUCAAAGCACCCAUUCACCGGAAGCUAAUGGCGGGUGAUUGCAAAGUCUUGGAUGUUGGCUGUGGACCUGGUCCGUGGGUGAUGGAGAUGGCAAUGACAUACCCGCUUUCAAAUUUCACCGGCAUUGACAUCUCUCCAAUUCAGCCGCGCGAUAUAAAACCGCGUAACUCUAAAUUUUACGAGAUGAAUAUUCUUAACGAUUUACCAUUCAAAGACGGCGCAUUCGAUUUUUGUCAUCAACGAUCAAUGGCUCUUUGUUUUACUAGAGCACAAUACGCGGAAAAGGUCAUACCAAACUUAUUACGUGUUACGAAACAAGGUGGCAUAUUGGAAAUCAUGGAAGUGGAUUUGAUGUUUACGAAUCCUGGACCUUUGUUGAAAACUAUGAUGAGUUCUUAUCAAGACUUUCUAGAGAAGCGUGAGAUAGAUUUAUUUCCUGGAAUUCGAAUUAAAGAAUAUUUGGAAAAAAGUGAACAGCUCAAAGAUAUAUCUCAAGAAAUUAUUGAUAUACCGAUGGGCUCUGAUCACGGGAAACUCGCUGAGCUGAUGGCUGAAAAUUACGCGACAGCAAGUAAAGCACAGAUUCCUCUAUUCGCUCCAUUCCUGAAAAUGUCCAAUGAGGAGCUUGAAAAUAUAAUAGAUCAAAUUUAUAAGGUUGAAGUUAACGAGUAUAAUACUUCUGUCAGGGCUUAUAGAUAUUACGGAACCAAAAUAUAG